AUGGGAGGUGACUCUGCGUGUGUGCCCAGUGCCUCUGGAAGUGUCUGUACAGAUGAAAAAAGAAAGAGGCAGACCGAAAUAGAAGGCAAGCGACAGCAGCUUGAUGAGCAGAUACUUCUGCUGCAGCAUUCCAAGUCCAAAGUGCUUCGGGAAAAAUGGCUGCUGCAGGGCGUACCCGCCGGGACGGCCGAGGAGGAGGAAGCCAGGAGGAGGCAGUCUGAGGAGGACGAGGUCAGAGUGAGGCGGCUGGAGGAGAACGUGCGCAGGCUGGAACAGGAAAUACAAGCACUAGAGUGCGAAGAGUCCCAGAUAUCUGCCAAAGAGCAGAUCAUCCUAGAGAAACUAAAGGAGACAGAAAAAUCCUUCAAGGACUUUCAGAAGAGCUUCUCCAGUUUGGAUGGAGCUGUGUACGCCAUGGAAAUUAAUGUGGAGAAAGACAAACAAACAGGAGAGACCAAGAUUCUCUCUACAGCUACCAUUGGCCCAGAGGGGGUCCAUCAGAGAGGAGUCAAAGUCUAUGACGAUGGUACCAAAGUAGUGUAUGAGGUGCACUCAGCAGGCACCAUAGUAGAAAACGGAGUGCACAGAUUAAGCACGAAGGCUGUAGAAGAGCUUAUUCAGCAGGCUGGACAAUCAAGCAUAAGAGGAGGACACAUGUCAGAAAGGACUGUGAUUACAGACGGGAGCCUCAGCCAUCCUAAGGAACACAUGCUCUGCAAAGAAGCCAAGUUAGAAAUGGUGCGUAAGUCUAGAAAGGAUCAUUCUUCUGGGAACCCAGGGCAGCCAGCCCAAGCCCCCAGCACUGAAGGGCCAGAGGCAAACUUGGAUCAGCCAGUCACCAUGAUUUUUAUGGGCUACCAAAAUAUCGAGGAUGAAGAGGAGACUAAGAAGGUGCUAGGCUAUGAUGAAACCAUCAAGGCUGAAUUGGUCCUCAUUGAUGAAGACGAUGAGAAGUCACUGAGGGAGAAGACAGUGACGGACGUGUCCACUAUUGAUGGGAACGCGGCUGAGCUUGUGUCCGGGAGGCCGGUCUCAGACACCACAGAGCCCUCAUCCCCGGAAGGGAAGGAAGAGAGCCUGGCCACAGAGCCAGCCCCAGGUACCCAAAAGAAAAAGCGCUGUCAAUGCUGUGUUGUCAUGUGACCACUUCUUUCUUCCCUUUUCUUCUGGGCAGCCUCUGUACUCUCCACCACUUCCGUAGACCUCACUGUUCCACUAACUGCAAUACUGUGAACUGGAAGCAAACACCUGCCUUGCCUUGCAGUUGGAUUGCUUUGAUCUCUCUUAUUUUUUUCCUUUUCCUCACCUGAGAGACAACGUGCAUGUGUGUGCUUCAUUCUUUCCAAGAACUUGCUUUUCCUCUUUUCUUGUGUCUUCAAGAGUGAAUCAAUUCCUUACUGCUCGAUUGGAAUGGACUCUUCAUAUCAGCCAGUUAUAUACUGUAGUAGCCUUAACUCACUUGACUGGAAUUGAACCCAUUGGCACCGGGGGUUUCAUUUUGUAGUGUGUUCCUAUAAUGUAGUCAUACACAGCGCCAUGUCCCCGAUUUCUCACUUGGCUCCCUUGCUGUGGAUCAUUGUUUUUAUAUCUCGUGUGGCAAAAUGCUGUUGGCUCUAGCCGGUUGCUAGUGUAGCCAAAAAUGGACCUUACUUAGUCUGUCCAAUCUAGGGUGAUGCUUUUUGCUGCCUUACAUAAGCUUCCAGAUUACAGUAUUGUGCAUCUAUGGCUUUCUUUCUGUUAAAACUGAAAUGAAAUUGAUAUAAAAGAACCCAGUGCUUGUCACGCUGAAAUAUAGAGACUCAUCUCAUAACCUGCUCAUCAGCAGCUGUCUCUCUUUCUAAGGCUUAACUGAUGAACCCUUUAUAUAAGAAGCAGCAUUUUAAAACUUCUAAGGACAUGAAACAUACAUUCUUUUAAGCAUCAGUAGUGAUGGAUCUCUAAACUUAGGCAAAUCCCUGAGCCUUGUUUCUAGUCUCUCAAAAAGUGUAAAUUUUUAUAGUUUUCUUUUUCACGGAUAUUUUCUGAUCAUGUUAAUCUGUUUUCAGUGAGGGGAUCAUUUUGAUCAGUAUCUCUGCAGUGACCAUAUUUCUAAAACAGUCUUUCUGAGCUACAGUGGUGGCUGUCGUGCUCCCACUUUACCACGGAUGGUGCUGUAACGCGUUAGCUGUUCGUCUCGCGUGCCCAGUUGAUGACAGAGCCUUGCAUCUGUGCUCUUUUCUUUCUGUCCCCAUGAGAAAGGGAAUGUGUCAGGUAACUUCAACAUUAGGCCUGUCCACCCUUCAGAAAACACUUUAAAAUGUAAGAAAAUUUUAAAGGUUAAGGAAGAUCUGUCUUCUAAACGUGAAGUACUUAAAUUCAUCCAGCAAAUCCUGAUUGAGUGGCACAUAGAUGAGCUUCUUUAAAGCAUUGUUGCUUAAACUUCG